AUGAACCCACUCGGCGCGCCUGUCGCAGCUGCGUCUAUCGAGGCAAUCGUAGUCAACUCGGCUAGGGUCGCAGAGCAGUUUGUCGCGCGCUACUACGCCGCACAAGACCUCGAACCGACCGAACGCGCACUGCAAGUCCAGGCCUUCUACGCACCGACCGCACGGGUGACUUGGAACGGCAACCCCAUCGCCUAUGCCGACCUGCCCGCCUUCCUCCAGCAAAUGCCCAAGAGCGCGCACGAGACGCAGGCCUUUGACUGCCAUCCUAUCUCUGGCUCGGCAAAUGGCGCAGCUCCUCCCUCGCUCGUCGUCACAGUCACCGGCCAGGUCUCGCACGGCCCAAACCCAACUCCUGCCGCCGGCUCCAUCAACCCCAAGAACUUCGACCACCUCCCCCGCGUAUUCAGCCAGUCGUUCAUACUCGUCUACACCGACCCAACGCGCGGCGAGGAUGGCUACUCGAUCGUGUCCGACUCGUUCAGGUUCUGCUGA